AAUUUUGCUAAAUAAAAUGUCAUGGGCCUUUACUCAGCCUCUUCUCUAAGCCUAGCCAUCUACACAGCCCAAUCAGCCCACCUAAAUCCUAGUCCAGUUAGCCCACCUAAAUCCUAGCCCAAAUAGCCCCAUUAACCCUUCCUAUAAAUAGUAGCCCCUUCCUACCAAAUAUGGACUAAACCCUAACCCUCCUCAUUUUUCGCGCUCCUCCUAACCCUAGCCGCCACUUGGCAUCUGCCAACCAGCCAACUACCUCUUCCCUUGAUCCGGCGGCUCCAGAUCGAGAUCUGAUGGCCCCUGUCCGUGCAGUUCGACCCCUGCAGCCGAAGGCCCGCCGCAGGCCAGCCGCCGGUGCUCCCGAAAGCCGUCUACGCUUGCUUGCCUCACCCAAGCAUUUGUUUGCCUCUCCACCCGACCGAGUGGGAGCUCGCGCCAACGCCAAGCCUUUUGGGGACACAAUGCACGUCGCCACCGGCAAGCAACUAGCAUCGAGCGCCGCCACCGCCGCUCCUCCCGAUUUUAGGCUUCUCCCCCUUGCUCUGCCAAACAUCUGGAGCUCUUCCAUGGACAUCACGGUCCCUUGCUCCCUUGAGUGGAAUGGCGUCGGCGGCAUGGUGAACGUCUCCCCUGAGAGGGAUGAUGCCCAUGGCGAGGAGAACAAUUACACCUACAGCAUGGAGAGGGUCGCCACAAAGACUAGCAAGGGUGCCUACAGCAUGGAGAGCAACGGUGUUUUGCUGCAGAUCGAGAAGACCUGCCACCAGUGCCGUCAGAAAAUGGCAAUCAACAUUAUGGCAGCUUGCAAGAAUAUGAAGAAGUCUCGGUUGUGCUCACUCAAGUACUGUCGAGAUUGCUUGCGUAAUAGGUACGGCAUGAAUUAUAUAAAAGUGGGGCUGCAAGAUGCCUGGAGCUGUCCAAAAUGCAGGGGAGAAUGCAAUUGCAGUGUAUGCAUGACCAACAAUGGAGAGAAGCCGACUGGGAAUUUAACCCGAGCUGCCAAGGCAUCGGGGUGCUCCUCCGUCCAUGAGUUUCUAAACAAGGGGACGUACGUGGUGGCUGCACCACAGAAUUUGGUAACCCCUCUCAAGAGUGCAGACGCUGCUAACUUUGAGGCUAGUCCAGGUGCAUUAAAUCUAUUGGGCCAUACCAAACAUAUUUUUAAUCGCCUACCAGAUUUAAAUUUACCUCUUGGUCCCCCGGAGGUUGGUUUUCAAGCCUUCCAGGCCCAUAUCAACGCUGAUCUGAAUGUGAAGAAAGAGCAAGAUAUUUUGAAUAUUGAUCUCAACAUGACAGUACAGAGUAAUCAUUUGGAUAUUUUACCAAAGUUGCAAAAUGUUUAUUUUACCUUUAUUUGAAGAGCCUAUCCUAAUACAAGGUGUUGUUGUUGUAGAUUUUUUUUGUGAAUUAUGCACCCAAUGCUGAUGAAAGCGAGCUUGUAGAUGAGAGUAUUGAAAUCCUAAAUGAAGAAGAACGUAAAAUCCAAUCUCUUGCUUUGGCACCUAUCCAGGUGGGAAUCAUUCACUCCCAUUUUGUUAAUUUCCAAAUUGUUCCUCCCUCCAUACCACAAACUAAAGAGAAGAUUAUUCAGGAGAACAAGGUUCUGUCACUCAAUGAACCGAUUCAACCUGACAAGCUGGACACUCAGCCUAAUAUCACUAAUGGUUCUUCAAAGAAUGUUGUUGUGGGCACUAGGGAAGACUCUUCUAACCCCAUGCUGGAGAUGGCUCCCCUUGGUUUCUCUAUAAAAGACAUUCAUGUGGUUGGAAGUAAAGGAAUCCUCAUUUCCGAAGCUCGUUUUGCUCGUGGGGUUGAUAGCUCUAAGGUGGUUCAGGCUCCCACUUCCAAGAUGCAUCUACCUAAUGUGGGAAAAGAUGAUGUUGAUAUUACUUUUUCCACCCAUCAAAACAAACCUACUGCCCCUCUAACACCAGGAGAAACACCAGAGCAGAUCUCCACCACAAGUGAAUUGCGCGUGAAAGGAAAAAGGAAGAAGAGAGCUCCUCUUGUGGAUCUUAUUGCAUCCGAGGUGAAACCAAAGGAAAAAACUGAGGCCAUUCUCAACAAGAAGCCUAAUAGGAGGGUGGGUAAAGUAGCCACCAUGAAGGGUGAACCACUGCUGCACAAUGAACCUAAAUCAGUAGAGCUUUAGUAUUGUUGUAAUAAAUCUUAGUUUGUGCCGUGAUCUCUUCAAUGAUGUCUCAAACUGUUUGGAUGAUGGAUGUAAUAGAAUUAAGUAUACCUUUCAUAAUUAUUGAUGGGUUUCACAUGUUUGAUAAUCAUUUGCAUUGGAAAACUGUUUAAAUGGAUAUAAUUUGGAAA